CGCCAUCAGUUGGUACCAUUCGUCGCAGACUGUUCGAGAACCGCAGACCUCAAACCACAAAAACCAACAAUCACCAUGAAGUUCCUCAUUGUCUUCGUUGCUCUCUUCGCCCUGGCUCUGGCCGCUCCCACUGCUGACGAAGGUGCACAGAUUCUCCGCUCCGAUUCGGAUGUAGGACCCGAGAGCUUCAACUAUGCAUACGAGACCAGCAACGGAAUCAGCGCCCAGGAGCAGGGACAGCUGAACAACAUCGGCACCGAGCAGGAGGCCAUCUCCGUCAAGGGAUCCUACAGGUUCGUCGCUGAUGAUGGCGUCACCUACGAGGUCACCUACAUCGCUGAUGAGAACGGUUUCCAGCCCCAGGGCGCUCAUCUGCCCGUUGCCCCCGAGGCAUAAGUUGAGUUGUUUCCAAGCCAAGCAGCUUUAAAGCCCUUGUUACCUUCCCAAAAAACUUCCUCAACCCCCAUUCUUGUGUCCUUAUUCUAAAGGAGCGAGAACUAAGUCAAGAGCCCACCCCCACAAAUUUGUUGAAUAUUAAAGAAAUAUGAGUACCUAAAAGUAAACACAAAAAA